AUGCCACUUCUUCAGUCAGAUGUUGUUCAGAUAAUAGCAAGGGAACCUGAAGAGAAAUCAAACGUUUAUGAGUAUGUUAAGGAAUUACUCUUACGACGAUUUAAGUUCAGUGCAAAAACCUUUCGAUUGCGGUUUUUACAACAUCAAAAGAGAAUGGAAAGUUCAUGGAGGGAUCUGGUCUUUGAGUUGAGAAGCUUCUUGGAGGAGUGGUUGGAUGGUGUUAACGUAAAGGAUUGCGAAUCAUUGAAGGAUCUUAUGGCUGUAGAUCAAAUGAAAAGAAGAGUUGGAAAUGAAGUUCGGGAACAUUUUGUUAACACAUGGACAAAAAUCUCGUCUUCAUCUAAGCUAGCCGAUCUCCUUGAUGAUUACGAUGGUGUAAGGAGAAGCUCAAAAACUGGACAUAUCCCUAGUAAUGACAGGAGACGAACAAAUGGGAAUUUUGAAAAGAAAAGUCCUAUUGCCCAUGACAAAAAUGCAGUGAACAUCGAUUAUAAGAGACCGAGUAGUCCUCGGAAUUGGAAGCAAGAACGUUCCGAUCGGCGUCAAUGUUUUGAGUGCGGAUCAUCGCAGCAUUUAAGAGCCCAAUGCCCAAAGCUAGCUGAGAAAAAGAAUUUCUCAAGGAUUAACCGCGUGACAAGACGUUCGGUAGAAACGACAAGCGAGAAAAGUGGAUCACAGAAAUUUCCAGAGAAUGUUACUGAAAAUUGGACAGAUGAAGGUACGAUUCUCACAACACAGUUAAAGACACCAGAAAAAGAAAUAACACGAAUCAGCCCUCUACAGAAAAUACCAGUGAAAAUUGAAGACAAUACAUUUGAAGGUAUCGUGGAUACAGGUGCUGAAAUCACCGUCAUCAGACAGGAUAUAAUUGAUUCUUGCUCUAAACAAGGAGAGGGCAGCAUAAAAAUUAUAUCAGCCUCUGGGGAAGAAGAAAUUACCCCAUUAGUUACUAUCAAUGUAAAAAUUAAUGAUGGGAAGCAUGGCAAUGUCCCUGUUACUUGUGCAGCAUCGAAGAAACUAGUAAGCGACAUGCUGAUCUCCUCGACUACAUACGAAGCAUUAUGUAAGAAAAUCGAGGCACAUACCUUAUUACCCGUGAUAAAUGUAGAGCAAUCGGAGCAACCUGUCCAUGAAGAACCAAAUCAAGAAGAUAAUGAAGUAAGUCCAUUGGAGGAGAAAAAUUGUUUCUCGAAGUUACAAAAAGAAGAUGACUCUCUGAAGACGGUAUGGACAUUUGGCAAUUCCCAACAGAUUGGUUAUUCAGUUGAAGAUGGCAUCUUAUUGCACUCUGAAUUGGUAUGUGGAGAAAAGGUGCAACAGGUGGUGUUGCCAGAAUGUAAACGGAAGUGUGUGCUUAAGGCAGCGCACAAAUUACCAUUGGCAGGCCAUCUGGGGGAGAGAAAAACAAAGGAAAGAAUAAAGUACUCAUUCUACUGGCCAGGAAUAAAGAAAGAUGUCAAAGAAUUUUGCCAGUCUUGCACACAGUGCCAAGUUAGGAGAGCAAUUACAUAUAGAGAUAGGAUCCCGAUACAACCUAUCGUCAGACCAGAGAAUCCGUUUGAAGUUUGGAGCAUUGAUUGCAUAGGACCACUGGAGCCGCCAUCCAGGAGAGGACGCAAGUUCAUCAUUUGCGCUAUUGACAUGUGUACACGUUGGGCAGAAGCUAUCCCAGUAAGAAAUAUUACUACGAAGACUACGUGUGACGUGCUCAUGAAAAUUUAUACAGAUACAGGAUUCCCUGAAGUCGUUUGCACUGACCAAGGUACUAACUUUACAUCGACGUUAACUAAAUAA